GCGUAUGUCACCAAUUUCAGCUGAAAUCUCAACAAGUGCAAGUUUCGGGCUCUAUUUUAAUUGAGGGCGGUCGUGUCGCUGGCAAUUGGCAUUGUUUGGAUCCGUAUCCAGCUGCAGUGCGUGGAGCAUACACAUCUUUACUUAUUUAUUGCGACAUCCGUCGGGCACUCACACACGCGCGCGCCAGAUGUGCGACGCGCAUACGUGUAUAGAGCACACGCACACACACGCACCCGUGCGGAUGUUCUGAUUUUAUGCAAGAAACUGAUUUAUUUUUAAAAUAAGAAUAUUCGAAAGUCCGAAAAUAUAAUGCCAAAGAAAGGCGACGGCCGAGCGAGGGGAGAACGAGUGUGAGCGCAGAAACAGGGACACGGCGAAAAGGAAGGGGCGCACGGCGAACCGCAAACAGAAACGGACCCACGGCGGCGGCGGACAACUCGGAAAAUUAAAGGAAAACAAAUAAAAAUAAAACGACAGUUGACGUGCGGCGUCAAGGGCCUUUCCCCAGAUACCCUCUGACACCCACCCGUCCCCACGGCUGACCGUCUCGCAUGCGUUUAACUUGAAAAUCCCUGGCAGAGCAAAAAUCAGGCGCCAACAGAGUUCAACGACACACCGGCAUUUCCCAUGGACGACGAACUGGAAGAUAAGGUGUUCUAUCAGACAUACGUUUCGCACAUGAAAAUCCUGUCCAAAUUUGCGGUGGGCUUCUCGUCCAUCAACUCGCCCCUGGCCUACAUAUGGAAGCUGUGCCGACUGUAUGUCCUGCGCCCGGAGGUCAUCUUCUGCGGCUUGAUCCUGUUCGUCCUGUUGCUUUACUUGCAAGCGGUAGAUGUGUGGAGUCGCAGCAUCCUUGGGCGCAUCCAGGCCACCCUCGGCCGCCAGAAGGCCGUCAAGAUGAUGGAGAUGUCGGCCAGUGCUGGGGACCACCAGAGUUGGGAGGAGAUGAGGCAGCAGAGCUCCGCUUUCGCAGUCCUGGGACGCAGGCCCCGAAUGGAGGACAGAUUCAUCAUCGAGGAGAACAUUAACAACAACACCGGAAUCUCCUUCUUUGCUGUGUUCGACGGCCAUGGGGGCGAGUUUGCCGCCGAUUUCGCCAAGGAUGUGCUCGUGAAGAACAUCUACAACAAGAUCAUCGAGAUGUCCAAGUUGCUGAAGGCCGAGGGACAUGGCGGCGAUUACGAUAAGAGUCCUUAUUUGGCUCGCAAGCAGAGUCGCAAGGAAUCCAACAAAGAGAACGCAGAACCGACGGCGGCGCUGUCACGAAAGGAUAGCUUAAGGAAGGCCCACAGCACCACAGCUGACUGCAGUGCUAUCAAACAAAGGACAACCGAGGCUUCGAUCGCCGAUAUUUAUACGGCCCAGCUGAACUCGGCUAUGAGAGCCAGUGGAAAUGUAGGAGCCGCGAAGGACUCCUUUCUGAACAACAACAACAAUGCGCAGAAUGGCGCAGGCAGUGCGCCACCUCCGAACUACGAAGCCAGGUGCUACAUCGAAAACGGACGCAUUAACUUCGGGAAACUGAUCACAGACGAGAUCAUGUCGGCCGACUACAAACUUGUGGAGCAAGCCAAGCGAGCAACCAAUAUUGCGGGCACCACCGCUCUGAUAGCCAUUGUCCAAGGCUCCAAGCUGAUUGUGGCAAAUGUGGGGGAUUCCCGCGGCGUUAUGUAUGAUUCCCGCGGAAUCGCGAUCCCCCUUUCCUUCGAUCACAAGCCGCAGCAGGUGCGCGAACGAAAGAGGAUCCACGAUGCAGGCGGCUUCAUCGCCUUCCGGGGAGUUUGGCGCGUGGCCGGCGUGUUAGCCACAUCACGUGCUCUCGGGGACUAUCCGCUAAAGGAUAAGAAUCUGGUGAUUGCUACGCCGGACAUUUUGACCUUCGAACUGAACGAUCACAAGCCCCACUUUCUGAUACUGGCCUCCGAUGGUCUCUGGGACACGUUUAGUAACGAGGAGGCCUGCACUUUUGUUCAGGAGCAUCUGAAGGAGCCGGACUAUGGAGCCAAGUCGCUGGUCAUGGAGUCCUACAAGCGCGGCUCAGUCGACAACAUCACCGUGUUGGUGAUAGUCUUCAAGAACGGUGUCUACAGGAUCGGCAGCUCAGCGGGAAAGGUGGGAGAUGAGACGCUAAAAAUCCCGGCCAAAUCGCAAGCCGUUGCGCCGGCAGUUGUGCAACGGUCGAACUCAAUCAAAACCAAAUGAUAUUCGAAACAUUAGAGUGCCUGCUUAGAAAUGCUCCUCAGCUUCCUUCAAAACUUCUCCCCAAAGAAAAAACAAAAGUGCCCAAAAUUUCUAGUUAGUUUCAGCGUUCAUUCAUCACAAGCAUACACACGUAGAUCACUUGAAAUUGCGUUGCUCAUUCUUCAUGCUAUUCAUUAAGGUUGUUUGUUAGCCCAUGUUAUUUUGUAAAAAAUAUUUUGCAUCCGCCGCCACUUCGCCGUACUGUUUCCACAACUCGAACUCGAAAAUCAUCACAGUGUCUGACAUAGUCAAGAUCAUCAUCAAACGUAACUAUUUAUUUAAUUUAUUUGUUAUACUUGUAAAGUAAAAAUAUUUUCUAACUUAACGAAAUGUUUUUGCAAAUAAAAAAAGCCAGACGGACCCGACCACUCCGUUGUGCUCUUAAAUACUUUA